AUGUGGACCGCACGGCUGCUAGUCCUCGCCAGCCUCUUCGCUCCGGCCGCUCUGGCCUUCAGCCGGGCCCCCGUCCCCAUGGCGGUGGUGAGGAGGGAGCUCUCCUGUGAAUCGUACCCCAUCGAGCUGCGCUGCCCGGGCACCGACGUCAUCAUGAUCGAGAGCGCCAACUACGGGCGGACUGACGACAAGAUCUGCGACGCGGACCCAGCGCAGAUGGAGAACACGCGCUGCUAUCUGCCCGACGCCUACAAGAUCAUGUCGCAAAGGUAA